UUGAAAAAAUUAUCGGCCGCUUGCAGUCUGUCACCUAUUCCUGGAAAAAAAACCAAAAAAAUUAUUUUAAAUUCAUUAAUUAUAUACUUAUAAAUAAAUAAUUAUGGAACCCAUGACCUUAGGAAGCCCCAGUGGAAGCCCUGCUACCGGUACAAGUCCAUAUUUGCCAUCAUUUUUAAUGGGUGAACCAAAUGCACCAUCAACACCACGAAAUAAUACUCUUUCUCCAAAUAAAGGGCGCAAUAUAUCUUUUGCUCCUUCACCGGGUGCAACAUCACCUCAAGAUUUCAACCGAUCGGCUCUGGGACAAAAAACAUUAUUUGGCUAUCAACAGUCAUCAUCGGGUGCCAACAACUACCCAGGAACACCAAUACAGAAUCACAAUGCAAGCAUGUCCGGACCACCAACUCAAGGCCUCUUUGAUUCUCUUCACUCGGAUCGCAAUUCAGUUCAAACCCCAACACGUUCUAAUCAAAUGGCAUUGCAACACCAAUCGAUGCAAUAUGGAACUCCGCUUAGCCAGCAAUAUCAAAUGAAUCAAUCCGUCAAUGAUUCCUACUUAUCGGCUGGCGGAAAAAACAAUAGUUUCAAUCCAUCGCGUCUCACAUCGCCACCAAUUUCAAAUCCAAUGUCGUUCGAUUAUCGCAACAAUAAUGCCAAUCUUCUACAAUGUCCGCCACUUCCGAGAUAUACUGAAUUCUGGAUUACUGUUUAUGGGUUUCCACAAAGUGCCACUUCGAUGAUUCUAUCGCAUUUUUCACAAUGCGGAACAAUCAUUGAUAAAGUGUUUCCAUCACAGAAUGGUAAUUGGGUGCAUUUGAAGUUCUCGUCCCGUUUGGAAUGUGACAAAGCCUUAAACUAUAAUGAAAAGAUACUCGGGAGUAAUAUAAUGAUUGGUGUGACGCAGUGUAAGGAUAAGAAUAUCAUAGACAAGGAAAAUGUCUGCGAAAAUAAUCAGGUAACAUCGAAAAUUCGACCACUCUCACAGGUCGCCUAUAGAAGUGCUCAAAGCGAAUCAGCCGUAGUUGCAAGCCCCAACGCACCACAAAAAAGUUCCGGUCUCGUUAACAAAGCUAUGGAUCUAUUUUUCGGAUGGUAGUGAACCAAUAAUAAAACAUGGAGAAUACAAAAAAAAAAAAAACAAUCUAAAUUAAUUUAUGUAUUGUGUUAUGUUUUUUUAUAUAUAUGUAUAUUUUCAUUAAAAUUGCAUUUCUAGCACCCUCUACUUGGGCUGCUUAAUAUUGUAAAUCAUUUCAACACAAAACGUUCUACGUA